AUGUCCAUCAUUUGGUUCAGGUCUCAGAGGGACGGCUUGGAGAACCUGUAUGGCAAAGGUUCCAUCCCCCAGGAGCCCUACCCCCAGUGGCGUUGUGUGGUGUGGGUGGACGAUGAGACCAUGGUGGCUUGCAGCCGCAGCUCGGGGGCCGUGGACGUGUUUGACAUCGUGGGCUCGCUGCUUUUUACCAUACCCGGGACGUCGGGUGAGACGGCUACACCAGAUCUCAGCGACGCUGUGGCUGCUCUUAUCUUCACUGACUUCUCCCCGCCUGACGACAAAUGGUCCCAAGAGCUGCUGAUCAUCAACCACCACGGCUCAAUGUCCAGUUACUUUGUGGACCGUGACAACGGCUUUCUGUUGCGCUACACGUUUGCCUUGGCCAGCCAGUACCCUCGUGGCAUCAGCUCCGUGUCCUACUGCCCCAGACACAAGAUUCUGUUGGUGGGGGGGUCGGGGGUGGCGGAGGAGAGCUCGGAGACGGCGGGGGCCAGAGGGGAGGGGAUCACGGCAUGGAGACUGCUCUCUGACACACCCUUCUGUAAGCUCAUCACCGACUACGAGGAGGAGAAGGAGAAGGCCAAGACUAAGACGUCGUUUCUCUCUCUGAUGAGGGUCACCAGCAUUUUCCAGAGACGUCACGCUCAAGUGGACGGCAUCUACAGGCUGUGCCUGUCCCCGUGCGGGACGACCUUGGUGGCCGUCCACUUCUCUGGGAAACUUUCCCUGUGGCAGGUCCCGUCUCUGCGUCUGGUCCGCGAGUUUUUGCUGGAGGAUCAGCCAGAUUGGGAUGAAAUCAGCCCAGAUUUUAUUGGAAAUCCAUCAAAGUCAAAGAGAAUGAAAGAUCUUGUCCCGCAUAAACAGCUGAUUGAUGUGAACUUCUGGUCUGAGACGCUGCUGAUCCUGGCGCGCUGUACCGGUGCUGUGAGUGUCGUGUCGCCCGAGGAGCUGCGGAACCGCCUGGGCAAGUCACCCGAAUGGUUCGAACCCUCACCUCAAGUCACGCAGGCGCAGAAUGGGGGAUUUCUGGGACUGGAAUGUGAGGUGCGUUUCCCCAAGAAGAGAAUCGGUCUGCUGACAGAGGGGGAGGAGGAGGAGGAGGAGGACAGCGAAGACGAAGACGUGUCCCUGGUGGCCCAAGGCACCCUCAUGACCAAGCAGGUCCUCUUCUACCUCACUGACAGCGAGAGGUUCCAGCCUCCCAAGAAAAAACCCAGAGCAAGAUCAGCAAGAGGGCGUGGGUUCUCCACGAGUGUCUGGAGAGAGUUCCGGAGAACAUUGACGCCAUGAAGGAGUUGAUGGAGUACGGCUUGCGAGGGACGGACCUGCCUGCGCUCAUCGCCGUGGGAAACGGAGAAGACGGAGGGAGUUUGAACCUGGAGCAGAAGGAACUGUGUCGUGCUAGGCUCAAGUUCUUACAGUACCUGGACAGGCUGAGGACUUAUGAGUGCAUACUAGGUGGCGAGGUGGCGGCUGCCGACAGAUACAACGCCAGUUUUUACGCCGCCUUCAGGUCCCGGAGCAUUUACGAAAUUGUUGCCGAGUAUGCUCAGGACAACGACUGGCGGGCAGUGGAGACCUUGAUGACCUUUCACAGCGCGGACCUGGCCCCUCACAGGAAAGCUGUUGAUCUGGGCAGUGAGGAUGAGGCGGCUUUUCUGUACACAGACUUUGACGGCAAAUACAGGACGGAGAAUCUGACGACAUCUGUGGUGCAGGAGUGGUAUCUGGAGAGAGCCGUGGAGAUAGAGAGAAGGUCGCGUCUGGUGGACUUGGCUAUUGAGCUGGUCAAGCAAUCUGAGCGAGCUAUUGGACGAGCUGAUCACCAUGGAGAUGAUGGUCUACGACUGUGGGGUGGACGGCUCGCUCACGUUUGCUCGGCUCAAGGAAAUGGCCGACUAUGACAGGCUGGAGCUCUUCAUGUCACAGUCGAGUGAGGAGAUGUGUGCCAAGAACCUGCGGCGCUGGACCGUCCCUUACCUUCUCCGCUGCGAGCAGAGAGAGCCCGGGGCCUACGACCGGCUGCUCCGAGAUUUUAUCCUGACUCGAGCAAGGAAUGACCUCUCCAGUGUUCUGAAGAUAUUUGAGGAGUCCAAGGCCUCCGUGUCGGCGCCAGUGAUCCGCACGGCCACAGAGCUCAUGUCUCUGGUGCUGGACACUUUGUACUCGUGUGAGAGAGAUGAUCAGCUGCACGUGGCCACAGAGAUCUUCAAAUGUCUACCGGCCCACCACUCAGAUGGGAGUUCCGAGUCUCCUGAGAGCCUGAGACUGCACAAGCAAGCUGACCAGUUGGAGUAUCACCUCAGCGCUGCGAAAAUUUUUGAAGAAAACAACAUGAAGAUGACCCUUGCCUACAUCAAAUCUGCUGAGAAUGAUCCAGAGGAAUCUCGGAGUCUGAUGGUCAAGUUGACGCGACUAGCGGGGAAAAGGUCUCUGCCACUCACGGAGAUGGAGUGGCACAAACUUCACGACAGCGUCAUGCUGCUGCAGAACAAGGUGUUCCGAUGUGUCUCGCGCAACGUGUGUCAUGAGGCACCAUGCUGGAGAGAAGCUGUACAGAGACCAAGGCCAGCCGCAGCCAGCGAGGGACCAGCCUGGACAAAGUCACCUACUCCCGGGCCGUCGAGCUGACCUUGUCGGCCGCCAGGGAGUACUUCGACUCCUCCGCUAACCUCAACGACCCCUGCAUGGACCUGGCCAGGUCUUGUCUGAACCUGAUCCUGGACGCCCCUCAGCCGAUACAAGCGGAGCUCGACCUGAUUGCCUCUUUGGCCUUGCUGGAAGAGUUUGGCGUGGCCAUCUUGCCUCUACAGGUGCGUUUGAGCACCAAUCGUUUGGAACUGGUGAAAAAGGCUGUCAGUUCAAAACCCACCAGCUAUAAGCAGACUCAGAGGUGGACUAUGAGUUUGCCUACCAGUGCUGUGAGCGACUCAUUAACCUGUGCCAUAGCCCGGCCUGGAGUGUGUGUGUCAAGCUGGCUGAGCUGGAGGGCUUCCGGAACAUCGACGCUAAAUCCUGUAUGAACAAGUCAACAGAGCCGUGAACGACACGAGAGAGGGCAGCUCCGAGUACUCCGAGUCGCGAGAGAGCCCGUUCUCGGCCCGAGCAGCCAUCCAGCAGACCCAGGAGAUCCUCUCGUCCACCCGGCGCACCACGUCUGCCGUGCUGUCCACUGUGACGGACGGCCGCUGGUGGCAGAGCGCGGUCACUUCGCUUAAGCAGCCGGCGCGCAGGACCAGGGGCCGGGCCGGGGGGCUCUCGGACAAAGACGAUGGAAACCUGGCAUUUAGGAAGCAGGGCUGUCAUCCAUUCUAUGCCAGCAUCAUUGAGGACUGCUACGAGGAUGUGCGAUCUGCGGACUACAGCUGUGUGUGGGAGGAUGUGGAAGGAGAGGGAGGUGUUGGAGUGGGGGAGGAUGCUCUCAGCUCAAACAUUCUCCGCACGGCAAAGCUUGAAGAGAUGCUGACCCAGGGGGCGACUCGGCAGUCAGCCGCUGAAGGCUGUCCAUAGACGCGCUACAGACGCGCGUGAACAAGCUGGACAUUCUGAGCACCCUCAGGGAGCAGAGGUCAGAGUUCACCGAGCGCAUGAUGAGCCGAGUGUACCCGACCUUGGCGGGCGAUGACCUCCGGAGCCUGGCCUACUUCUUUGGCCUGCUGGACGGCGUCCAAGAGACGCUGCUGUGUGGCCUCGCAGCCUCGGAGCACGCGACCCUCGUCAAGAAGCUCAAGUCUGUCUGUCCGGCCAUCGACUACAAGCGCCUGAUGGACGCGGACACGCCCCCUGUAGACGUCUUACAGCCCUGUCUCACCGCGGCCAACAUCAACAGCUUGGCUAAACUAGCUUCACAAAUACCGGACAAGCGUGGCGGUGUCCUUCACCCCAGCUCCCUGUACAGCAAGUGGGCCGGCCGGGUGUUCUGGGCCGACGCAGACGGGAAACCUCUGCCCGAUACCAUGGCUGCCUGGGUCCACCGAUAUGAAGCUAUCGGGGAGUGGAUACAAAAACUUCGACCAGAAGAUCUGGUCAGUUUGAUUGACAGCCUGGUGUUUACAGUACAGGGCAGGAAAACGCUGGACGUCCCGACGCGAGACGAGAUCACAAAACGGGCGCUCAAGUUCUCCCGUCAGUCUGGCUCGGGGAAGAAAAAGAAACAGGAAGACACCGGUGUGAUGACGUGGGAAGAGUGUGGCCUGGAGCUCAACAGCCGACUGUCCCACCUCAAGUCGUUGACCAAUGACACGGUCCAGUCGUUCGCCCAGGCUGAAGACCCCGUGUUCUCUUCCUACGCUGAGAGAUAUGACCUGUCCAAGGGAAACCAGGAGGAGGUCGGUGACCUGGUUCAGGCCGAGGAUGUGAUGUCACUCCUCCGUUCUUUCUGCUCGGACGCGGCCAUCGAGGUCCCACCGCGCCUUGACGUGCUGCGAGUUUUGGAGAAGUGUGCAGGAGAAAUGUUUGAGCUACUGCUGAAGAGCCGGCAGACUGUGGAGGGGGUCAAGCUUGCCCUCAGGUCGCCAGACAAGCAGCUCACAGAGAGGGCCCUCCAAGCCCUGGACACGCAGUCUCAGGGUGUGGACGACUGCGAACUGCUCCAGCUGAUCCUUCACAAGAACCUAGCCGCUCGUGUGGUCACAAUGCCCGUGUACUCUCCCCUGGUACAGCACAUCCUGCAGUCUCAGGGCGACUCAGACGUUCCAGAGGUCGCGACCCCGACCCAGGUCGCCCGUCAGCUGUCGGAGGCGGGUCACCGGGCCGAGGCGGGAUCUCUCUUGCUCCAGGCUCGCUCUAGUCAUUCUGCGCUACAGACCUUUUCCUCCGCUCUGGCCUCUGUAGGCUACUGGCUGAAGAAAUCUUGAUGAUGAUGAUGAUAAUGAUGAUGAUUAUGUAUAUGUUAUGAUGCAUUUUGUCCUUUGGUAGAUUUUUUCUUCUGGUGAACGGGGUAGAUCUGUAGUUGAUGCGAGGAUGUGGUAAUGAAAUACUGAAACGCUUGGAAUCUGCUGUCAAUAUGUUAUUGUAUGGCUUAUUGUAUUUCUUAUUGUAUUCGGAUUGACUAGUCCCAAAUAUUUUAGGAAUUUCAACGACCAUUUGUUUUGCUAUAAUGACUUUCAGCUAUUGGGAAUGUCCCUCGCUAGGUUAAUUUUCUAGACUAGGUUACAGGGUAGGUGCCGGAGAUAUGUAGUCUCGAAAUCGUAUGUGUGUUCUUUCUUUUGAUUUUGUCUUUUCAAUUCGAACUUUGCUCAACUUUGGUGGAAACAAAAACCGAAAUACCCAUUAUUGUCUAUGUACCUCAUGCAUUGCGCGUGCCUUUUUUGUUCUCUUAAGUUCAUCAAGUGUACUGUUUAUUUAUGCCUGAGAAGAGAGUUUGAUUGACUUACUUUACUUUACUUUACUUUUCCGAUCCAGCGGCCAUUUUGGUUCUAGCCCUUCGGUCUGAAGUUUGAUUUACAAGAAAAGCGAAAUAACAGUGAUCAAGCAGUUGAACCAAACGUCAGUGUGGUAGACCUUGAUUUAGCCCUGACUGAAGGGUUUCAGUCAAAAUAGAUUGUUGAUGAUUAAUGGAGUUGUAAAAUGAGAUUUACAGUUUACAGUCGUUCAAAAAUUUUUUUACGACUAUCCUGAACUUAAUUGGAUACGUGCAUAUAAAUUUUUGAAAAGUUGUAUUUGAUUUGGUCAGUUUUGGGGGUGUGGUUCUGAGGAGUUUUAAAGUUUUGGUUCCCAACUUCUGUUUAACUUCAUGGAUGUUUUUUUAUUUGGUUCUUUUGGUCGAAAACGCUUCCUUCCCACUCCCUUCCACGAAAAAGUAAAAGAUCAAAAGUGAAUGUGUUGUGGCUUCUGUUACGGGCCAACCUGAACUGUGCUGAACGGUGCUGAACUGUGCUGAACGGUGCUGAACUGUGCUGAACGGUGCUGAACGGUGCGCUAACAUGGAAAGGGCAAGGGGACUUUCUGCUUUUGUGUUUGUUUUUUAAAGCAUUUUGUGGUGUUUAGUUUUAGAAAGAGUUUUACGGCCCUUGCGACACAAUAAAAUCAUAAAAGUGCCGAAGAUUAGAGGUGUUACAA